AUGCACCACGUAUCUGUGCUACCACUCGCCGUCCUCAUCGUCCUGGCCCUCCACUGGGGCGCGGAGGCACGCGUCCGCGGCAGGGUCUACGACGAGGAGAAAGACACCAUCAUUGAGCUACCAAAGCUGGGCAGUAUCCAGGGAAAAAUCCUAGAGACUGCCUGGACCAAGCGCGAGGUGCUGCAGUUUGUCGAUGUCAGAUACGCCGAGCCCCCGACGGGGCAGCAUCGAUUCAAGGCCCCGCGCCCGAUAGAGCCUUGGGAAGAUGUAAUGGAUGCUACAGCGGAAAAGAUUGGAUGUCCCUCGGUGGUGUCGAUGGACUCGCUACGCAAGCUGGACGAUGUGCUGGACGUUGAGGAUUGCCUAACGAUGACCGUCACUACGCCGAAUGUGACUGCGAAGCUGCCCGUUCUUGUCUACAUACACGGCGAGUAUCUGUACGAGGGCAGCAAUUCCGAGGCGCCGCCAGACUAUCUGCUCGAGAAGGAUGUGGUGCUGGUGACGCCGCAGUACCGCCUGGGACCCUUUGGGUUCCUCUCCACCAAAACAGACGAAAUACCAGGAAAUGCUGGAUUUCUGGACAUCUUCCUUGCCCUGCAGUUUGUCAAGCACUUCAUCCAGUACUUUGGCGGCGAUCCGACGCGUGUCACUGUCGCGGGACAGGUGGGUGGGGCAGCCAUUGCACAUCUGCUCACCCUCUCGCCGAUGGUGCAGCGGGGUCUCUUCAGCCAGGUGAUCUACCACUCGGGCUCGGCCAUUAUGCCCAUCUUCCUCGAGGAGGAUCCACGCAAGCAUGCCCAGGAGAUAGCCAAGAAGGCUGACUGCCAGAUGGUGACAGUACGGGAUCUGAACACUUGCCUCAUGGAACUCACGGCCCUGGAGCUGCUCACCGCUUUCAUGGAACAUGCGCUCGAGAAAUCUGACCUGGGCAUUGGCCACACGGGCGGCAUACAGUUCACCAUUGGUGGGCCGAGUGGCGUGCUGCCCAAGCACCCCUACGAUCUCAUGUUGGAGUCCAAUUUCUCGUAUCCGGCCAUGGGCGGCUGUCCGAAAAAUGCCGGCACUCGAGUCCUCAACGAGAUCGUAGACAACGACUUCGAGGGAAAGAUCCCGGACGAUGAUUACAAUACCUACGACUACAUCGAUCAUGUGAUACGGCAGGUAGUGGGCACUGAUAAGACCAUGCUGCUCACCAGCUUCGUCACGCACGACUUUUUCAAUCGGCAGCUCCUGGAGAACGGAACUUUCGACACCCUGAUUCCCAGGCUAGUCGAUGUGGCUGGAACCCUGAAUCACAAGCUGCCCGUGUUGCUGGCAAUGAAUAUGAACAACAAACAUAAUCCGGACAACACGUUCCUCUACUCCUUCGACUACGCGGGCGAGUUCAAUAGGUAUCGCGAGAUGGACGAGGAGACGAACAUGCAGAGUCCGUUUAAGGCGGGCGUCUCGCUGACCGACGAGGCCCUCUACCUCUUUCCUUAUCCCGAGCAUGUGCAGCGCCUGAGUCCGCCGGACGUGACGAUGGCCCACCGCAUGGUCGACCUGUGGACAAACUUUGUGAUCAGCGGCAAUCCCCUGGGCUCCUAUCGGUCCGGCUAUUGGCCGCCAAUGACCACGCUAUACGGCCCGUACAUGAAGAUUGACGAGACGCUGACAAUUGGAGGCAAUUAUUUCAAUGAGUUCUCCGCCACGCUGCGCGACGAGGAUCAGGGCCACAGUCUGAUACGCGAAAUCUACUACCUCCGCAGCCAAAGCCGGAAGAGGGCCAAAGCCCAGCGGAAAAAGCAGUUGGCUGCGGCAACUGCCAGUAGGAUGAAGAAGCUUGAGGUCCGCAAGAGUCUGGUAAAGCGGCCAAAUCGCAACAAGAUACGGCUAUAA